UACCUUGAGUUAAAGGGCCGCAGGCUACUUGUUUUUUAGAUUUCUCACUCAAUCCCCAUGAGUGAACUUAUUCCCCUGCAUAAUAGUUUUAUAAUGAGGACACACUCCCCUGACAGAUAACAUUUACAGUUGUUUCCAUGUUCCUCCUGGUCAAUACCGCUUCCCCAAAGAUAACACACAGUGCACAGAUGUUACCUCCGCUUAUGAGUUUGCAUGUUUGUCUGAGAAUCGUUUGCAUGAGCACAAAUAUGAUCGCCUACCGAAGACGAGUCACCUGUUGCAGCAUAUCUGUGUUGACACUGUAUCAAGCAGCAGGUUGGUGUUGUGCUUCACUGCCUGUUCAAACGAUGAAUCUCUCUCACUCAGAUGAGUGCUGCGCCUUCGAGUCUCCCAUCCUGGACCAGGUUUUGCCUCCAAUACUCAUCUUGGAGUUCAUGUUUGGGCUGAUGGGGAACUUUGUUGCCCUGUGGAUGUUCAUCUUUCACAUGGACACAUGGAAGCCCAACUCUGUGUACCUGACUCACCUGGCUGUUGCGGACUCCAUUGUACUGUUCUGCCUACCUUUCAGGGCCGACUACUACAGACGUGGAAAAAACUGGCUCCACGGUGACGCCCUGUGUCGUAUCCUGCUCUUCCUGCUGGCAGCCAACCGUGCAGCGGGCAUAUUCUUCCUCACGGCCGUGGCUGUUGACCGUUACUUUAAGAUCGUCCACCCAAUGAACCGGAUCAACCGAAUGGGUCUGGGCUACUCCCUGUGGGUCUCCCUCGGCCUCUGGGGUCUGAUGUUUUUUGCUACCGGGUAUCUUCUUGCUGAAAAGCACUUCUUCUACAACAGCAAUCGUACGCAGUGUGAGAGUUUCAACAUCUGCAUGGGCUUCAGCCCCCUCUCCACCUGGCACAAUGCUUUCUAUAUCAUCCAGUUUUUCUUGCCCACUGUAAUCGUGGCUUUCUGCACCAUCAGAAUUACAUGGCAGCUGAAAAGCAGGACUAUUGACAAAAAGGGGAAAAUCAAACGGGCCGUUCAGUUUGUCUUGGCUGUGGCUUUGAUCUUUAUUACCUGCUUCUUUCCAAGCACUAUAUCACGCAUAGCUGUGUGGAUCCUAAAGGUGUGGUAUAAUGAAUGCAAAUACUUUGAAGAGGCCAACCUGGCAUUCUACACCUCAGUGUGUUUCACCUACUUCAACAGCGUCCUCAACCCUGUUGUGUAUUAUUUCUCGAGCCCUGCAUUCAGUGGCACCUUCAACAAGCUCCUGAAUAAACUGCUGAGAAGGAGCAACGACAGAGAACAGGAAGGUUCAUCUGCAAAUGACAUUUCCACCGUUGAUGGUAGGAUAUAAAGGGUAGAAAGCAGGUCAUGAUGUGUUUCCUCCUAACAUUACGGGGAUACUCUAAAUUUGAACUUGUAACUUGAAUGAAUAAUACUGGGCUAUUGAUACAAUUCAUAUUAUCCUAGAUUUAACAAUAAUAUGAAAUAAUAGAAAUUUGCUGUGAUUGUGAACAAUGAAAUUACGCACCUGAAACAAUAAUUAGCACCUUAAUGCUGUGCACUUGUAUAGGUAUAAUCCUUGAGUGUGGAUGCAGUCAGUAAUUAUUAGCCAUUAACAAUGAAAUCAUCUUUAGUUGCAAGGUGAGCUGGUCAAAUCCGAGCUGCAAAUGCUUGUGAAAGUAACUCAUACAAAUGAUAUAUUUCAACUCUUUUCCAUAAGGUAGUUCUUGUAAUACUUUGAAUUGUGAAUCACAUCCACUGCGAACAGCAAGCACUGAUUCUCUGCCACUCAGUCGAAUAAUAUUUACUGUAGGAAUCAAAUAAUGUUUACUGUACAAAUCACCUCAAUGGCAGUAGGGAGUUUAGAUUACUGCAGUGCUGCUAGUAAACUGUCAAUCAGCUCCCAAACCAUACGUCCACUGCAAAGUGUCUGAAUUUUUGUGUGAUACCUGAGUCUAGGAAGGUAGUGAGCAAGCAGGUAAUUUCUACCAAUACUGUAAAAGCAAUGUAUUUUACUAUUAUUUCCUGUCAUCCUGUGUGCACAUAUUUUGCGCAUUUCAACUCACAGUCUUUGU